AUGCAGCAAGAUCCACCAGCUGGCGUGAGUGCUAGUCCCGUCGCAGAUAAUGUCAUGUACUGGAAUGCAGUCAUUAUCGGACCUGGUGAGACGCCCUUUGAAGAUGGCACGUUUAAGCUUGUUAUGCAGUUUGAUGAGCAAUACCCGAAUAAGCCUCCUACUGUCAAGUUUGUAUCGCGCAUGUUCCAUCCGAAUGUGUAUACCAGUGGCGAUCUAUGUCUUGAUAUUCUACAAAAUCGAUGGUCACCCACAUACGAUGUCGCAGCGAUACUGACGAGUGUGCAGUCUCUCCUCAAUGACCCGAAUGUCAAUUCACCAGCGAAUGCGGAAGCUGCCAAUGCGUACAGGGAUGAUAAGAAGGCGUACGUGCGAAAAGUCAAGGAAACGGUUGAAGCAUCCUGGGCUGAAUGA